AACCAUACCGAGCUCCGGGAAAAUCGGGGAGAGCCGAGCGUGUUCUUCAACGAUUCUGGUUUAUCUGGAACCGGUUUCAAGGACGCGCGCGCGCGCGAUUUUUCCCGGACGGGGACAUUUCAAAUGCCUUUCGCCCGGUCAACCCGCUCUAUUUAGAAUCGCGAUUCUCUUUCUUGAAGUGAGUCAGAACUUGAGGAAACAUUAUCUCAAAUUAUAUUGAUAUAUCUUUCCUAACUUGCACUUUGACCUUCUUUCUUGUAAACGUUACAUUAAGUGAGAUUAAAAACUUAACAUUUCUUAAAUCAUUUACAUUUUUUAAAUUAUAAUUGUUUACUUUUUUCGUCAACUUUGGAAUUAACCACUGCUUUGAAUAAUGAGUAUACCUCUUCUAUAUGUAAUUUAUGUCUAUAAUUACUUUUUUUUCUUAUAAGCAACUUUUAGAAAUAAGAAUUACAUAAAGUAAAAUUAAAAAUUUAGGAAGGUUUUUUUUACCUCUUUUAAAUUACAAUAUUUUUUAUAUAUUUCUUUUAUCACAAUGAUCUCGUGUUUACUUUGCUAGUUUGACAACUUGUCGGGAUUAGUCGCCACGUGUGCGGAUAGGUGAAGUGCGCCUGUCGGAACGCAGGCAUUCGCGGUUUCCGCGCGAAAAAGAACAGAGACAAGAAACGAGCUAUCAAUUCAAUAAAACGGCACUGCACAAUUUGCCACUCGUCGUUCAAUAGCAUGCUGAAUAUAAUCAACUCCAUCCGCAAUUGCGGAGCGGAAGAGCGAAAGAAAAAAGGCAAGAAGGCGAAGAAGCAGGAAAAGAAGAUCGUAGAUGAGCAUCAGUUGCGCAGGGACCUGAGGGAGCAGACGAAGAUGAUGAUGCCCGCAGACGUGGUGCAGGAAGCUGCGAUAUCCACGCAAAUCAAGCCACAAUACUCCGAAGAUAUUAGGAUUGGCGGUGUAGAGGGAGGCGCUACACACUCCACACUUGUAAUACUUGACGGCAAAGGUGCGAGGCUAACUGAAGUUAAAGGACCGCAUACAAAUCAUUGGGUAAUCGGAAUAGAUGAGGCAGCCGCGAGACUCAGCGCGAUGAUCGAGAAGGGUAAACAAAAUCUAGAUAUACCGGAAACCAUUCCUUUAGAUUGCGUAGGACUUACUUUAAGCGGUUGCGAGGAGGAAACCACCAAUCGUAAACUUGUGGAAACUUUGUUGAAAACAUAUCCACAAUCUGCCAAGGACUACGUAAUCGGCUCCGAUACUCUUGGCAGCAUUAGGACUGGCUUGGAAACCGGUGGAAUUGUGUUGAUUGCUGGAACUGGCAGCAAUGCUUUACUGCUCAAUCCGGAUGGAAAGACUCACGGUUGCGGAGGAUGGGGACACAUGAUGGGCGACGAAGGAGGGGCUUACUGGAUCGCCCACCGCGCUUGUAAAUAUGUAUUCGACGAUAUUGACGGUUUAGUGGAAGCACCAGAACCAAUAAGCUACGUAUGGCCAGCAAUGAGAAGUUAUUUUAAUGUGAAUGAUAGAAACAGUAUAUUACCGUAUCUAUAUGCGAACUUUGACAAAAGCACUAUUGGCGAGUUCACCAAAGAAAUCGCAAUCGGGUGCGAAAAGGACGACCCGCUGUGUCUGAAGCUCUUUGAGGAAGCUGGACAAGUUCUGGCAAAGCAUGUUAACGCCGUUUCAAAGAAGGCCCAUAACGAUCUCAAACUGGCUCACGGUGGCUUAAAGGUGAUCUGCGUCGGAUCUGUAUGGAAAUCGUGGAAAUACAUGAAAAACGGUUUCAUGAAUGAGAUUCACAACAAGCGUCUCGUGGACGAGUUGAGUCUACUGCAUUUAACGACAACGUCGGCAUUAGGCGCCUGUUAUCUGGCCGCGGAAAAGAUUAAUUGUCCAUUUGCCAAGCCAUAUGACAGCAACGUCGAAAUCUUUUUUCAUUAUAAGCGCGAUCAUUAUCCAGAAAUGCGAAAAACAGAACAUUCGAUAGAAUUAAAAAAUCAAACAUCCGAUUGCAACAAUGCUUACGUUCACGGAAAUGGAGAAAGUACAUGAUAAGACAUAAAUAAAUAAGUUUUGAAAAUUAUACUAGCGCUUUUUUAACCAUUGAAAUAUUUUACCUGCAAAUAUAUUGCAAAAAGUAACAAACGGAUUAUCUCGCACAAUUAAUAAUAGGAAAGAUUUAAGUUCCUGAUUGGAGCGAUUAUGAAGUGCAGAUUUAGCAAGUCUAAAUAUACGAUUGAUAAGGCACACAGAUUUGUGAAAAAUGAAAGAAUCGCUUUUGUAAAAAUUACAGAUUGUAAAUAUCGAUUUAACAUGUAUAUAAAUUUUUUAAGAAACCAAAAGCAAUAUAAAUUUUGUUGCGUUGUUGAAAAAUGACAUAUCUUAAUGUAUUUCAUAAACUUGAAAAAUAUAUACAGGGUAACAAA